UAGCUCUGGUGACUAAACGCUACAGGGAUCCAAAUACAACGCGGGGCACCAGGAAAGGCCGGCGCUCCCAGGUCCUCAUCCACCUCUAUUGGCAGGCAGCUUUUCGCGACCCGACGGAGAACAGGCUCCGUGUUUUGCAACACCCGCCAGUUUGAUGCCCCAGAAUGGCUUCGCUGCCUGUGAUAGUUGAGGUCACGUCGCUGGCGCAGCUGCGUGGUCUCAUCCAAGAGCACAAGGGCCUCCUGCUCGCGGUUUUCACCGACCCGCAGUCGGCAGCACGGUCCGACGCCCUCCUCGGCCAGUUCCAGGCGCUCGCGGGCAACCAGAGCCAGCUCCGGGCCGCAAGGAUCGACGUGGGCAAGCACCCGGACAUCGCGGCCGCGUACCAGAUCGAGGACCCGCCCAAGGUGGUGGCCUUCAGCAACGGCAAGGCCUUGCAGACCAGCAAGAACGCCGACCUCUCGUCGCUCCGCGACCUGCUUAAGCUGCGGGGCUCCCUGGGCGGCGCGGCGGCGGCCGCCGGCGGGGAGUCGAGCGGUGGUGGUGGUGGCGGCAGCAGCGCCGCCGCUGCUGCUGCGGCGAGCAACUGGCUGGGCGCGGCGCUCCCGCGCAGCUACAAGGACGUGUCGGACCAGAUCGAGCUCAAGCGCGUCGAGCUACUAAACGUAGACUCGGAGCAGGGCAGCGUCCGGGUGCUGUUCAGCCAGGAGAAGCCUAGCGCCCUCGCGGCGGGCAAGGGCAAAGAGACGGGCGAGACCGACUGGGUCGAAAGCGACACGGACGAGCAGCUUCUGUUGUUUAUGCCUUUCCAGUCCAUGCUCAAGCUGCACACACUUCAGAUCACCUCCAUCCCUCCCACCGGUGACGACGUCGACGAAGACGAGGUCCCGAUGCGGCCCAAGACCAUCAAGCUCUACCCGAACCGGCCGCACAACCUCGACUUCGACCAGGCCGAGAGGACAGAGCCGACGCAGGAGAUCGAGAUAUCCGCCUCGGACUGGAACGCCGAGGGCACGGCCAACAUCCCGCUCCGCUUCGUCAAGUUCCAGAACAUCAACAGCCUCGUCAUCUUUGUUGAGUCGGGCGACGGCAGCUCCGAGAAGGUGCGGCUCGACAGGCUGAGGCUGAUAGGCGACUCGGGCGAGAAGCGCGAGAUGGGCAAGCUGGAGAAGAUCGGGGACGAGCAGGGCGAGUAAGAGAAAGCAUGCCACGAUACGCUACUGCAAAUAUGGGAGGGGGGGGGGGGGGGGGAGG